CAGAAAGCCAACACAACGUAUGAAAGACCGAUUUAGAGACUUUCUCGUAAAACUUAGUGGAGACUUUUCUGGUGUAAGCGUCUUUUGGUUGCGAUGUCUCUUAUUUGAUCACAUAGAUAUCGGGGUGUUAGCACGUAAAACAAAUGAUGGAAUUGGUCUAUUUAAUGAACUCUGGUACAUAGAUGAAAUAUCUUGUAAUGAUGUAGAUCUUUUGUCAGAAAUUGCCGAACUGACGAAAAAUAAGUCUGCAAUAACUCAUGUAAAUGAGUAUAAAGAUAAGGCUAUUAAAGAAUAUGUCCCAAUCACUAAGCGAAAGCAAUUGACACAAUAUAGAAAGAAUCUGUUCAGAGCAUUGAAAUUAGAAGUAGAAGACAAAUUAGAGUUCUUAGCUAACAGCUACCAACAACAUUAUAGUGACUUUAAAAACAUCUGGGAUCUAGUUUUCUUUUUGGAGAAAGACGAACAGUUGGAAGACAAACCAGACAAAAUAAAGAGGUUUGGAAAUCUUCUGAACCAAAAAGCAAAACGUGCUUUUCUAGAUGGGUUGGUUACAACUUCUAGAAAGAGGAAAGGUAUUAUCACAUUAUCAACAGCUUCAUUACUAUCACCACCACCACCACCAUCAUCAUCAUCCUUAUAUUAUUUAAUUUUGUAUUUAUUUCUUUCUUUGUUUUUUCUUCAAACAUACAUUAACAUCAUGAACAUUUCAUUACAUGUCAAUAAACAUUAA